GCGAAGGAGAAGAAGAACCACUGUUUCGUACAAGCAGAUUUCUAGAGUUUCAAAAUAGGGCAUCCCCUAUUUGUGCUUUGCAGCCGCUGUUUAUGCUUGAAUUUUCAUUUCUAGGCAACAAGAUGGUGGAGAGCAAUGCAGAGUCAACUAAGCUGCAAAAUUGUGGCCAAAAGAAGCAGCCAGCCAUCUUAAUCAUGCAUAGAGAGUCCAACGAGCAGCGGGACAACCUUUUUCACAGCCGGUGUUACGUUAACGGCCAAAUUCUUUCGUAUGUAAUCGAUGGAGGGAGUUGUGCUAAUUUGAUUAGUGCUUAUGCCGUGCAAAAAUUGGAAUUGAAUACCCAGAAGCACCUAAGCCUUAUCAUCUCACCUGGCUCUACGAGCAUGGAGACUUCAAGGUCAACAAACAAGUGCAAAUCGAGUUUAGCCUGGGUAAGUAUUCGAAUUGUGUGCUUUGUGAUGUUGUUCCCAUGCAAAAGGCCGAUAUUUUGCUGGGUAGACCUUGGCAAUUAGAUAGAAGGGUGAUCCAUGAUGGUUCGGAGAAUUCGUACACCCUCAAACACGAUGGAAAGAAGAUCAAAUUGAAGCCUAUGUCCCCCGACGAGGUUUAUGCCGAUCUCAAGACAAUGGAGGAGAGGAGGAACGAAGGAAAGGGCGAUCGAGCGCAAUUGUGGGUUCAGGGACGUCUUGGAUUCAAUUUUAUGAGCUUACGCAAGCUUCAGGAGGCCCUUCCAGAGCUCGAACCUGCAGCCUACAACAAACCCGACUCUUCCCGUGUAAAAAGAGUUGCGAAACCAGCAGCCUUGUCAACUACGAUGAGGGAGAAUCGAAGCACGAAGAGUCUUCAGAAGGUUCCCUUGAGGUUGAAGGAAUGGAAAUAAUUCAAGGAGAAGCUCCAGAUCGGGCUGAUGAAGAUCAAAAUUCCCCUUCGACCAGCUGCCUAGAACUCUGUUCGCCGAUGACGAUGGAGAAAGAAGGAGAGAGAGAGACAAUGGGGAAGAGCACUGGAAGACGAGUCGAACUCAACCACAAGUGUAGAAACACUCACUCCGAUCCCAGGAACGACAGGCGUGCACCCAUUUGAAGUGAUCAUACUUAAAUUAGAAGAAUCAAUGCGUCCAAAAAUGCCUCUGUUUGUGAUGAAUGUCGACCAAAUUUACCCUCAAUUGGUUGCAGAGAUCGGGCAUGAUUCGAGCCGAAUUGCCAAUGCAGAAUCACUCCCUAAUGUCCAUGGAAUGUGAGGAGUCACCAAUUUGUUCUGACGAAGUCCCAAUCGAAAACACCCAAAUUGGAAAAUUUUGGCCGAAAAGUUGAAGAAGAAAAGAAAGGUUCGAUCGCAGCUAUUGGGGUUGAUUCGACCUAAUUGGAGGAUGUGAACAAGUUCGGGAAGGUCCAAGGAAGGUUUGUGAUUGGAAAAUUUGUCGCGGAGAAGUCGGAAUAAAAAACCCAGGAAUUAAUUUUGGGGUUGCCGAUUUCUGUAAAUUGUUCGCCGGAUUCUGGGUUUUCGUCGCCGUAAUAUGGGAAUUUCAAAUUUCACAACGGCGGGAAACACGGGAAGUUUAAUUGGAGACGGUUUGCUCAAUUCCGACGCACGGGAGUAGCUGCAUUCAAUUUGUGUGAUCGAGAUGAGUCGAUUGGGAGCAACAAAUUCGAUUGGAGAGGUUUUGAGCCCAAUUUGGAUGAGCUCGCCGGAAACCUCGGGUUCGCUGGAAUCUGCAAAAUGUCCGCUGCAUUCUGGAAAACGGCUAACUACGAUUCUGGAUGUACUCAAGCACACUGAUUGCGUGGGAAAGGUCUAUUGGAGCCCUAUGAAUCUAAUGAAGCACAAAUCGUGGAGAGCAGAAGCCAAUUUACGGGCUGGAGAGGAAUUUGAAGUUCAAAUGUUUUUGCCGAAAAGCGUGUUUGGACAGUCCUCUUUCGAUCCAAUUUGUGAUCUAUUUUGUGGCGAUUUUGAGAAAAGGCCUGAACAAGCUUUGAGGGCAAAGCUUUUUGAAGAGGGGGAGCCUGAUAUGAUCCCAAUUAGAUCAAUCCACAAUUCACAAUUGCUUGCCAAAGAAGUCAAUCUCAACUCACUUGAAGAAUUCUGAUUUUUGGCCAAGUGUUGAAACAGUUUCAGGUAGCCUACUUUGGAAGCUUGUAUCUCACAAAUGGCUCAAUGAAAAUGGAAGAUCAAGGGCUUUUUUUGAAGGUAAAGUUAUAUCUUUACAUUGGUAUAUUGUGGAGCUCAAGGGGAUCUCUGGAAGAUCACUUUCAAAGCCCAUCAAAAGGCUACCUCAAAACAGGAAAACUGCCUAAAUUUGGCUAAGGCAGAAAAUUGUUUUGAGAUACCAACUUUGAAGGACUAUAUCUGGAGAUUGGAGCAUGAUCUCGGGCGGAUUCAAGUUGGAGGUGAAAGAGAAAAUUUUCUUCUACAAAGGAAAUGAAUUGGUUGAGUUCGAAUCAACCAACAAGACCAUUUUCAAAGGGCCCAAAAAUGUUAUGAAUCCUGUUUUCCUAGGCAGACUUGUUUGUGUUUUAAGUCAGUUUCUUGGCUUGCAAGUUAUCUCGUUUUACACGAAUUCUUUAGCCUUUUCCUGUUCUAAUUAGUUUCCUUGUUCAUGUAGGGUUGUAUUAGGUUUUAUUUGCCUUUAAAAAUACCUUCUAGUUUUCGUUGUAAAAACAUAAGAGUUGAUUAAUCGUAGAGAAACCGUUUGGUUUGUUCAAGUUUGCGAACUUGUUCUUGGGUUUUGGUUGCGAUCAAAACUUGCUGACCUGCUAUUGAUCGAGAAAUCACACUGGAUUAUAUCGAAAGCUUCACCAUAACGAUUGUGCAUUCUUCCAGGUGUAAGAAUUCCCUUUCGUUUCUGUUUUAUCCAAUUUUCGUAUUAAGAACACGUUGUUCUUGGUUCGAGUUCAAUCAAUCUUCGGAUUGAUCGUGUUGCUGCGUGACUUUGAUAACAUACACCCCCCAGGGGCGUAUUAAUUCGAACCUGCAAAUCGAAUUUUUUCUCGAACUCACCAACAAAUAAGGAAUCAUUCGUAACUAUAUGUUCAUGACAACCCGAAUCGAUAAUCCACGAGUCGGAAGAGGAAGAGGAAGAGACCCGAAAUUGGGUUAAAACCAAGAAUUUCGUGACUGUACUGGCAAGCCACAUGACUGUGUAGAAUUUCCCAGCUGCCCGUCUGGAAUUGCAAAAUGUCGCGUUUCACUUAAGUGCCUUCAUGCACUCUGCACGGCCAAUACCGCACGACCGUGUGGAAUUAUGGCCUGUCCGUGUGAACUCCCUGGGAAUUCCAUACGGCCAAAUAGGGCCCUUUACACGGCCAGUGUGGCUUGCUCGCGCGAAGGGGUUCCACACGACCACCUCACACAGCCGUGUGGAAUUUAGUUCUGGUCGUGUGGUUUCCCCAGCUUUUCGUCAAACGUCCCAACUUCGUCCAAUUGACCCUGAACUCGUGCCCAAACCUUCCUUCACGUACAAGGACCUGAAAUAUCACAAACAAGAACAACCUAACAUGAAAUUGGCCUAAAACACGAGAUAUGAGACUCAAACAGUAUAAGAGUGGUGAACAAAAACAUGUGAUUGUAUCAAGUCAUCAAAUUCCCCCACACUUAACUGUUAGCUUGUCCCCAAGCAAACCUGACUCAAACCAAUGCAGCUCUCCAGACCUCUAUAGCAACACGCAACCCUGAUCGUCGGCAGAGGAUUUUCUAGAUCAUUUAGCAACUUACGAGGUCAACUGGCUUUCUAAGACGCCCUCUAUCUCUCUUAAUACGAGUACUAGACUCAAACCAGGAUCAUGAGAAGCAGUUGAACUAAGACAAGCAAUUCAUGGAUAAGGAGACUCACACCAUUCAACAACCAGGGACUCAUUGUAUCUGGUGCUCUUUCAUUUCAUUUCACUUGUUGGAACCCCUUCUUACUAUUUGUUUAUUGUUUUUUUUCUUUUUGUUUUACUUUGCUGGGGUUCCAACUGCAGUUCCUCAAUUCAUAUGGCGGGUCAAUGAAAUUAAGGGGGGUCG